AUGACAGACAGAGGGAACUUCAGCACACCCAAACCCAACCCCCGGCCCGCCGCAGCUCCUGUGCUCCCCCCUGAGCCAAUAGACAUCAUCCGCGUCAAGGCACGCUCCCGACGCGUCAGGCUCAAUGUCGGAGGUCUCACACAUGAAGUCCUGUGGAGAACGCUGGACCGGCUGCCCAGAACCCGCCUGGGACAGCUAAGGGACUGCAACACCCACGAGUCAUUGCUGGAGAUCUGCGAUGACUACAGCCUCAACGAUAACGAGUACUUCUUUGACCGGCACCCGGUGGCCUUCUCCUCCAUCCUCAACUUCUACAGAACGGGGAAGCUGCACAUGAUGGAGGAGAUGUGUGCCCUGUCCUUCGGCCAGGAGCUUGACUACUGGGGAAUCGACGAGAUCUACCUGGAGUCAUGCUGCCAGGCGCGGUACCACCAGAAGAAGGAGCAGAUGAAUGAGGAGCUGAGGAGGGAGGCGGAGACGCUGAGGGAGAACGACGGGGAGGAGGAGGAGCACGGCUGCUGUCCCGACAAGAGACAGAAGCUCUGGGAUCUGUUGGAGAAACCCAGCUCGUCUGUGGCUGCAAAGUUCCUGGCUAUGAUCUCCAUCUUGUUCAUCAUCAUUUCAACCAUCUCGCUGUCUCUCAACACCCUACCGGAGCUCCAGGUGGUAGAUGAAUUUGGCCAGUUCAGUGACAACCCCAGCCUAGCCCACGUGGAAGCUGUCUGCAUUGCCUGGUUCACCAUGGAGUACCUGCUGCGCCUGCUCUCAGCACCCAACAAGUGGGAUUUUAUCAAAGCACCACUGAACAUCAUUGAUUUGCUGGCUAUCUUGCCUUACUAUGUGACCCUCUGCCUAACUGAGUCUAACAAGAGCGUGAUGCAGUUCCAGAAUGUGCGCCGUGUGGUCCAGAUCUUCCGAAUAAUGAGGAUCCUGAGGAUCCUGAAGCUAGCCAGGCACUCAACGGGACUCCAGUCUUUGGGCUUCACUUUGCGAAGGAGCUACAAUGAGUUGGGUCUGCUGAUCCUCUUCUUAGCCAUGGGCAUUAUGAUCUUCUCUAGCUUGGUGUUCUUUGCUGAGAAGGAUGAGGAUGCCACCAAAUUCACCAGUAUCCCUGCCUCCUUCUGGUGGGCUACCAUUACUAUGACCACUGUUGGUUAUGGAGACAUUUACCCACAAACCCUGCUGGGCAAGAUUGUAGGAGGGCUCUGCUGCAUAGCAGGUGUGUUGGUCAUUGCCCUUCCCAUCCCAAUCAUUGUAAACAACUUCUCUGAGUUCUAUCGAGAGCAGAAGAGACAGGAGAAGGCCAUCAAGAGGAGGGAAGCUCUUGAAAGAGCUAAACGGAGUGGAAGCAUUAUUUCUAUUAACCUAAAAGAUGCUUUUGCACGUAGUAUGGAACUCACAGAUGUGUUGGUGGAAAAGAGAGAUGACAGUAAGUGUCCUGUGGACAAUCACCUGUCACCUAGCCGCUGGAGCUAUCAAAAACACUACUCUAAUGAAGAGGCGUGUAGCCCAGGCAGGUCCCAACCUUCACAUUACCAGGAAGUGGCUCAGCUGGGCUCCCCUGAACGAGUCAAGCCUAACAAAACUACCCCUCAACACCUCAGUGCAAAGCGGCUAGAAGAGGCUUACAACAAGAAGGCAACCAUCCCGGAGCAACAGGAAAAAAUGAUUGAGGAGCAGAUGGAGAUGAAAACAUUAGCCUCAACCCAAGCCCAGAAAACUUCACCUGAAGUCAGCAUUGCCAGGAAAUUCUCUAAUUUGGCUGAUGAUUUUUCAGUGGAAAGAGGAGAAAGAAGCUCUUUGCUCCCCAGUGCUGAAGGAAGUCAAACUGCUAAACACCAGCGUAUCCCACCUCCCUUAGAUCUAAGUCAGAUCAGCACCAUGGAGGUGAACAGGGCCUCUGACAGCAUUCAGCCAAUGACCGUCAUCAAAGAGGGUUUGUAUGAGUUUGUGUCUAGCCCUAGAGGAAGUGAAACUGGAGAUGUGGGUUUGGUGCCACAGAGCGUGGAAAGCUUCGGGAUGCCCUAUGACCGCAUUCGCAGCUCGUUGCGAGAUUAUAGCAGCCCUCAAAAGACAAGAGCCCUCAAGGUUGACUUCAUUGGGUCCCAAGAUGAUGUGCUUAUGGCGGUGAUGACACCUGCAGGGACCCCAGUCUCUGCUGGCUCAGCCAAGCUUGCUCAACUACUUUCCGACGACAUAGUUUCCAGGUUUUCUCUGUCCCCUAGUUCCGCAACACAGGAAGCUAAGUCUCCGCUGGCGAUCCUGCAGUCUCCAUCUCUGGUCCAACAAUCUGUCAGUCCAAGCAACUCCCAGGGGGGAGGUGAGGGCUCAGCAGCCAGGAGCUUAGAGGGUGAAGGGCAGCUCACGGGCUUAAGCCACCAGGGGAGGAAUCACAUGGAAAGAUCUGCUCUUGGCUCAGGAAGCAGUGCGAGCCCACUGUUGUCUAAAGCCAGCCCGCUCAACUGCACCCAGGAGCUAGUAACUACAGAAGGAGGGGAGGAAGGAGAAGGAAGGGAGGGAGCAGAACUGAGUGGAGAGAAACGAGAGAACCACGUUGUUCUGGACGGAAGCCUGACACCGCCCUGUGAAACGAGCAUGUGAGUCCAAAAGUACAGAAAGGGAUGCCAAAUGAGUGGUUUGGAGAAAAGGUCAAAGGGAUGGAUGACAGCAACGACCCAGAAUAAACCACCUGGUGUGGACAAAGACACGUACAUUAAAGUGUCAAAAACUAUCGUAACAGUUGUUUUAGUUUUUCUGGGGAGAUAGACUGAUCAUAUCCCAGAAGACUGGCUCUAAUCUCUUUUUUGACAAGCACUGCUG